AAUUCAUAGGAUAUUCUCUGAGGUGGGGAAGUUGAGAAAAGAAUAUUUCAGUCAAUAUUCGAUAUUUUCAGAGAUUCGAAUACCAUGGUUCCGCUAUGGUUGCUUGCUGUGGACCAUGGUUAUCAAUACCUCUCUUUGUGAUGGUUGUAGACGAAUAGUCGAAAGAGAAAAAGAGGCUCUCGUGAAUGCAACCUUCACUCUCUGAUACGCAGUCACCAUAUGUUGCGUAGCACGGGAUCGCCAUCGUACGCGUCCAAGUGCAUUCACAGCGCGUGGUAGAGGAAGUGAGAGAGAAUGCGGGGAGGUAGACGCGACUUACGCGACGGAGACGUGCAGGGAUCAAGGAUGCUCAAAAGUUGGGACAGCGCGAAAGCGGGACAGAGGAAAUGAUUCGAUCGCAUCCCACAUGUCACAACCAUGAAAGCCAUUCACCGGUCUCUUCGAGGCAAUGCCACGAAUUCUAGGCCAAUUAUACACAGCAAUCUGACGUCAGGUCAAACGAGAUUGCCACUAUGCCGAACGUACACUCGACCCGCAUUCGCACCGAAGCCCACAAUCGAUAUCAAGCACAUCCGCCAGAACCCAGGACUGUAUGAGCAAAAUUGCAUAGACCGCAACUAUGCCGCACACAGCAAGUCUUCAUGGCGCAUCAUAGAGCUGCACGAGCAAUGGCUCGCGCUCCAGAAAAGCAGCCGAGACCUACGAGAACGCAACAAUCGCAUUCGAGCCAACCUGGCGAGGACGGCAUCGCGCGCUAAAGAUGCUGAGAGCAAUCCGGUAGCUUUGAGGGAAGGAAUCAUUGGCGAAGCAAAGGCGUUGAAGGCCGAGUUGAGCUCCAUCGAAGCACAAGAAUCACAAAUCCAGGAACAGAUAGAGGGCCUGGCGCAGGACCUGCCCAACCUGAGCAGCACGUACACGCCAGUCGGCACUGAGGCUGACGUACUUGGCUAUAUAAACUCGCACCCCCAGAGCGAGUCUUCGAAACAAACUCGCAAGUCGCACGUUGAUAUCGGACAAGAACUGGGAAUACUCGACUUCUCGGGCUCAGCGCAGACCUCGGGAUGGGGCUGGUACUUUCUCGUGGGAGAUGGUGCAAUGCUGGAACAGGCACUCGUACAGUAUGCGCUGAGUGUUGCUAGAAAGAAAGGAUGGAAGGCAGUUGCACCGCCCUCCCUGGUGUACUCGCACAUUGCAUCUGCAUGUGGGUUCCAGCCGCGGGAUCAGAACGGAGAGCAGCAAAUCUACGCUAUCGAGCAGUCGGAGAAGGACAAGGCAAAACCGCAGCUAGCGCUCGCCGGCACUGCGGAGAUACCACUGGCUGGCAUGAAGGCCAACCAGACUCUAGAGGAAGCGGAUUUGCCCUUGAAGGCAGUCGGCGUGAGCAGAUGCUACCGUGCUGAAGCUGGCGCCCGUGGAGCCGACACCAAGGGCUUGUACCGUGUUCAUGAGUUUACCAAGGUCGAGAUGUUCGCUUGGACAUCGCCGGAUCACAUGGGAGAUGAUCACUUUACCACACCAACGGCACCAAGCGCAGAAGCAAUUUUUGACGAGAUGCUCUCAAUCCAAAAGGAGAUACUAGAGGCACUCGGACUGCACUGCCGCAUCUUGGAGAUGCCCACAACAGACCUCGGUGCCAGCGCAACGAGAAAGAUUGAUAUCGAAGCUUUCUUCCCGUCUCGAGAGAAGGACCAAGGAUGGGGUGAAGUGACGUCGUCCUCCAUGUGCACUGACUACCAAAGUCGACGGCUGCAAACUCGCAUGCGUGUCAAGGGGGGCAAGCUAGAGUUCCCAUACACACUAAAUGGAACUGCACUUGCUGUACCCAGAGUACUGGCAGCCAUAUUGGAGAACCACUGGAACGAACAAGACGGCGCGGUGACGAUACCAGAGGUGCUGCGACCCUUCAUGGGCGGGCAGGAGAAGAUACAGGCAUAGUGGCGACGAAGCAAUGUACAAUCAUGUAUUAUGUAUAUGUAUAUGUAUUAGACGAUGAUGUCAGGCGGUUGGUUGCACAACUAAUGCGCGUCACAACGGUACUCGCGAGAGGAUCAGUCAAGCUGUGGCCCGCAAAUGUUUACCAGACGACGCUGCUCGCCCCCUGCAUCAACCUUGAAAGGUUCGGAUGAUCAAAUGCUUCGAUCCCCUGUUUUGGCCGCGACAUCCCAGCUGGUCGCCAUCGAGGCUGACUCUGCGCUUGGCCCGGUUAUGUGCGGCGAUUGGCGCACAGCCUCCAGGCCGUUCAAGCAGCGUCGCAGCGUGCAUGGGACCAGUUGCAUGCGGAUAGCGACCAUGUGGACAGUCGCCACACAGCCACUGUUGUCUACUACUGCACGGCUC